AUGGAUUCCACAGCAGCCUAUGCCUCUCUGGUGGAAGAUGUUAAUUCAUUUGAGUUCACAACAAACUAUCAUCCAUGUGAGCUGUUGCUCAUCAGAGAUGAAGCCUUCCCGGCACUGGUGAACACCAGUGGGCAAGUGCUAAUUGCAGCAUCUUGUUAUGGGAAGGGCCGGAUGGUGGUUGUUUCCCAUGAAGGAAUCUUGAAGGACUCCAAGUUUUCCCGGUUCCUUGGAAACGCCGUGGAGUGGCUGAAGCCUUCCCCUGAGGCCCUGGUUGGGGUCCACCCUCAUUUGGAUUCCCUCUCCCAGCUGCUGCUCAGGGCUGGCACCAAAGUGCAGGCUGGGGCAGAGCUCAGCCCCUCCCUGGGGGUGUACUGUAUGGACGCCUACGACAGCACGCAGGCAAAAGACCUGGUUGGCUUCGUAAAGCGGGGUGGAGGGCUGCUCGUUGGAGGCCAAGCCUGGCACUGGGCUAGUUGUCACGGCAAGGAGAAGGUGCUGUUUGAAUUCCCUGGGAACCAGGUGACCAGCGUGGCUGGCGUGUACUUCACAAGCAGUGAGGGAGAGACUGGCACUUUCUCGAUGUCCAAAGAAAUGCCGAGGAUUCCUUUGAUCACCCACCAGUUCUUCAUGCGGUGCACCAUGUACCUGCUCAUCUCACAGCUGGACGGCUUGUCCAGAAGGAUGCUGUGA